UUUGUGUCAUGGGACACCGGUCUCUCCUGUGUGAAAACAAUCCAGUAUUUCAUUUAGAAAACAUGACUUAUAGAAUACAUGAGAAAUAAGCAUGAGGGUUAGCUUUAGCAUUAGCAUUAGCUUUAGCUUUAGCUGAAGGAGGAGCUCAGAGGUAAUUGUAGUUUGACUUGUUCUGACAGGAAGAAACAUGACUGUCAUUCCUUUGUCUCAAGUCUUCUUCUGUCUGAAAUAAGAAGCUUCACGUCACGAUUGUAGUAGUAGUAGUGGAAGGUACUCUAUGUGAGUACUUGUACUCUACUUUCCUGUCGUUGUAAAGGAACAACAGUCAGACUGAACAACAUUCACUGUUUUUCUCUUCUUCAUGUUUGUUUUCAACAGAACGCUAAUACAUUGCUGAUCAAUAAAUAUGAUCUGAUGAUGUCAUCCAGUCUGAAACGCACAGAAACUAUUAAUAUCUAAACACAAAAAGCUUCACAUUAAUCAAUAUAAUUUAACUACGAAUAUAAUAAGUAGAGGAAUUCAACAAUUUUAAUUUUAAAGUACUUGUACUUUAUUCGACUAUUUCCUUUUUCUGGUACUUUCUUUUUGUACUUUUUGGGGUACUUUUUACUGUACUAACUAUUUGAUGUCUAACAUAAUGUUUGCAUCAUGUUUGCAUCAUGUUAGCAUCAUGUUGGCAUCAUGUUGGUAUCUUGUUAGCAUCAUGUUGACAUCUUUUUAGCAUCAUGUUGACAUCUUUUUAGCAUCAUGUUCGCAUGUUGUUAGCAUCAUGUUGGCAUCGUGUUGGCAUCGUGUUGGCAUCGUGUUGGCAUCACGUUGGCAUCACGUUGGCAUCACGUUGGCAUCACGUUUGGAUCACGUUGGCAUCUUGUUGGCAUCUUGUUGGCAUCUUGUUGGCAUCACGUUGGCAUCUUGUUGGCAUCACGUUGGCAUCACGUUGGUAUCAUGUUGUUAGCAUGUUGUCGGCGUCAUGUCGGCGUCAUGUCGGCGUCAUUUUAGCAUCAUGUUGGUAUCAUGUUGGCAUCAUGUAGGUGCUACCCUAAACAAUUAAUAAUGAAGCUGUUUCUCACUUUUAGGGGCUGAUGAUCAAAUGUGACGUUUGACCCCUGACCUUCAGAGUCACCUUCUACCUGAGGGGGGUGGGGCCUGAGGAGCCCUGCGCCAUCACCAUGGCAAAGACUUCUUCCCUGCUCGGCAGAGGACUGGGUCUGGUCCUGGUGGAGUUUCAUUAUGAGUACCAGGGUCGGGACGGCGUGCUGGUCUCCAUCAAACCCAACGAGCGCUACGUCCUGCUGGCUAAGACUAACGACCACUGGUGGCAGGUCCAGAGGGACCGGACCUCCAAACCCUUCUACAUACCAGCCAAGUACGUCAAGGAGCUGCCAACGGACUUCCCCUCGCCUCUGGACUUCGAUGUGCCCAGUCCUGAACCAGUGCUGCUUCCUGUGGCAGUCCCCGUCCCCGUCCCAAAGACUCUGGAGGACCCCAGAACCAAACCUGCGGAUGAGGUGAUGAUCCGACUCAGACCCGAAGCUUCCAAAGGAUACCGCAAGACGGAGAACCGCAUGUCCACGUUUGGGGUCCCGCUGGACUUUCCUGACCCGUUGGCUUCGGCGGCACCGGCACCGCGGCAUCCCAGCAACCCUCCUGCUGGUCCCGCAGAGACCGGGACUACAAACAUGGCCGACGUUCCUGUGAGCAAAAAGCACCUUUCGGGGUCCCCGGAGGUUCUCAGGGACUCCGACAAAUACAGAGUUCCUAGUUUCAGUCCAGCAGACCCCGUCUCCAUGCCGAGGACCCAGACCGAGCCCAUCCCCGUAGAGAUGCCGAUGGUCCCGGUGGUCCCCCCACACAAACAUCACCACAGCUCGUCCGAGGAAGAGGAGCUAGAGGAGGAGGAGCUAGAGGAGAGCAGCAGCAGCGGACAGGAGGAUCCAGUAAAGGAGGAUUCAAACCACAUCUACGAGUCCAUCCAGGACCUGAAUCUCGACCUGGAGGCUCUGGUCGGAGGAAGAGGGAUUCCCAGGGUGCCGUCUGAACCUGCACCGGCCCCGCCCCCUUUACAGGACGUCGGGUCGCUCCACCUGAAAUCUCCCAUCUACGCUAACGUCUCCUCUGUGAAGAAAACAAACAUCCCUCAGAUCUCCAUCUCUGGCCCCGCCCUCCCCUCAUCACCUCCUCCUGGCCCCACCCCCUCUGUUCCCGGCCACAGCCCCUCCUCUUCUGUCUCCUCAUCCGGGAUGAUAAGCCCCGCCUCCCCCCUCAGCCCACAGGAUGACUGGCAGGUUCACACGGACCGGGACAGCGGGAAGAGGUUUUAUUUCCACCCUGUAACCAGACAGACCACCUGGUCCGACCCCCGCAGCCCUCCACCCCCGCCCGAUGGAGACUUGGACCAGUCCAGGGGGGGCGAGGGGGUUCAGCUGACCUCCCCCUCUCCUCUGCUCUCCCCCCAGGGUUCUGCUGUUUGGGACCAGCUGGUGGACGAAGUCUCAGGGAGGUUUUACUACCACAACCCCAGCUCCGGAGCCACGACAUGGUCCGCCCCAGAGCCCACCUCCGGAGCCACGACAUGGUCUGCCCCAGAAACACUCCCCCCCUUCUCACCCCCAGGGUCUACAGCCAACAGGAGGCACGACGACGGCCCGCCUCCGCUGCCCGAGGAAGAUUAUCCUUCAUCACAGGUACACGAUGACAACAAUGACGUCUUCACAACGAAUCCUCUGCAGCAUGUGUGUUUAAUUCCCAGAGCUCAGCUGGACCUGAAAGAUGAAAACGGCUCCCCGAUCAAGCUGCAAGAGCUUGCACAUUUGCCCCAAAAUCUGAUGGGAAAUGGAGUUUCUGAAGAGGGAACGACUGUGCAGGUCAAGAACUGGAGACGCAGCGGAGCUGAAGAGACGUUUGCUCACGGCCACAGGAGGAACGUCUCUGAAUACAUUGAGGUGUCCAACAGAAGACCCUCCCCUGAAAGUCCACAGCUCUCUGAUCGGCACAAACUGAAGAGGAAUCUGUCAGAUCGGAGUUCAGGUUCCCACCAGCUGCACGGCCAUCUGCUGGAGAAAGCAGGAAUCAUGAAUAAGACCAAAGUAGUCGAUCACGGUAAAAAGAUCCG